AUGUCAAGUAGUAAGCUCCGAAGCCGAGGUGUCCAUCUUGUUUGCUGGCAACUGUCAUUAGCAGCCAAUAGGAGGCGAGAUGUACUGCGCGCAGGCGCGAGUUCCGUAGUGAGCAGGCGCCGAGGGUUAGGGGGCGUCACCAAAGUUCGAUCUGCCAGGAAAGCGCAGGGAGAGGCGGCGAUUUGUUUGAGAUUGUCAGUGGGUAAAGUACCGCCUGAGGAUGAGAAAGCGAUUCUCGGAGGCCUGUGCGAAGCAAUGAGUGCGCUGUUUGGGGUGGACGUAACAGAAGAACCCCUUAGUAAAAGAGUCCGCGUCCAGGAGCCAGAAACAGUUGCCGAGGGUUUCGAAGCGGAAAGGGGAUCCCCGGCAAGCCGGGGCCCCAGCAGCACCGUGGGGAACAGAGUUCUCAAACAGAGAACCCUCCAUUCCUGGUUUGGACAUAAAGGAAGAAGAGAAGAACAUAAAAGGUGUCAUAGCAAAAGCAGCCACAUAUCUGUGAAGAUGAGCUCAGAUGAAAAGACCAGCGUCUAUCAGCAAAGUAAUAUAAUACAAGAAAAUCAGGUUGAGAGUGUUACCACUUUAAGUAUGGGAAAUCAAUCUGAAGAUCAUAACUUGAACAGUUCAGAAAAUGACAAUAGACAUAAUUCAGGCAAUGAUACGAUAUCUGUAGACAAGGAAAGAAACGUGGAAACAAAAGCUUCUCCCAGCCUCCCCCUCACGAGUAACCCUACAUCUCCAAUUUCUGAUGCAUCGCCAAAUUGCACAAUAGACAAUGUACCAGAAAGUCCUCUGUCAGAACAAGGCGGUGGAGACUCUUCAAGUCUGCAAGACACUGAGCCAAAUGUGAGUGAAGAUAUUCAAUCUUCGGAAGGCAUGGAAAGUGAACCAGAGACGUCUGUUGAAGGGGCUAAGAAGAGUGAUCAUGAUUCUAAGGCUGACCACUACACUGUACCUCAAUCAGGGGAUGAUUUGGAAAAGACCAAGGGUGUUCUAAAGUCAGAAUCAGAGCAUGCAUCUAGUGCUAGACAGCACAGUGAAGAACAGGUGACUUGUAUGGAAGAAGUUACUAAAAUGCCUGAAGGUGGUACAACAGGAGGUAUAGUCUCCAAUGAAUGUAAAGCAAAAAAUAGUGCAAGCCAGAGAAUUGCCAAAGUGUCUGCUCAUCUCUUUCCAGAGAGCAAUGAAGAACAAACACGAAAAAAUAAUCAAGAACCAUGUCUCAAUCGUGCUUCUUCUGACAUAACAUGGCUGGGGACGCCACUGGAAGAGAUGAACAGGAUGCCAGUGUGUCAAACUUAUCAACCACCAUUGGUGCCUUCUCCUAACCACACCAUCACCGUAAGGGUUGAAAGGUUACAUGACAACGAGCUGCCUAUACCCCAUCCAACUUUCUUUGCAGACACAUGGGACAGCACAAAUGUUAAGAUGCCCUGCUCAAAAAACAACAUGUAUCCAGUGGAUGACCAUAGCGGUGAGAAGACACCAGGAAGUCGAUGGAAAAUCAUUGAAUCAUCUUUAAGGAGCAGCAUAAGGAACCCACAUGACCUGAAGGGAGCAAUUCUUGCAUAUAAUUUGACAUAUGCCAAAAAAUGGGACUUCACUGCUUUGGUUGACUUCUGUCAAAAGGUAAUGGAAGACGCUGAGCGCACACAUCUGUUUAGAUCCAUUCUUCCUGACAUGGUUUCUUUGGCCCUCAAACUCCCGAAACUUUGCACAAAGCCUAUCCCAUUGCUGAAGAAAAAAAUGAAUCAUUCUAUCACCAUGUCGCAGGAACAAAUCUCUUGUCUCCUGGCCAAUGCAUUUUUCUGCACGUACCCUCGUCGCAAUGCUAAGAUGGGGAAGUCAGAGUAUUCUACUUACCCAGACAUAAACUUCAGCAGGAUGUUUGAAGGUAAAAAUCCGAAAAAAGCAGAGAAGUUAAAAACACUCUUCUGUUACUUUCGGAGAGUUACAGAGAAACGACCUACAGGUUUGGUAACCUUCACAAGGCAAAGCCUAGAUCGGUUUCCUGAAUGGGAAAAAUCAACAAAACAGCUGAGCCGACUGCACAUUACAUGUAUGGGUACAAUUGAAGGAAAUGGACAUGGGAUGCUGCAGGUGGAUUUUGCAAAUCGUUAUGUUGGUGGUGGUGUGACAGGCUCUGGUCUUGUCCAAGAAGAAAUCCGCUUCAUUAUCAACCCCGAGCUGAUAGCAUCACGACUCUUUACAGAGGUAUUGGAUGACAAUGAGUGCCUUAUUGUCACAGGUGCAGAGCAAUACAGUGAAUAUAAGGGAUAUUCUGAAUCCUACAAAUGGGACCGUGUUCAUGAAGAUCAAGCUCCAAGGGACAGCUGGCAGAGACGUACUACAGAAAUUGUUGCAAUUGAUGCGUUUCAUUUCCGACGUCAUCUUGAUCAGUUCACUCCGGACAAGAUAAAAAGAGAACUGAACAAGGCUUACUGUGGGUUUUUCAGGGAAGGAAUUGAACCUAAAAAUCUUUCAGCAGUGGCAACUGGCAACUGGGGAUGUGGAGCUUUUGGUGGGGAUCCUAGAUUAAAAGCUUUAAUACAACUUCUGGCAGCUGCAGAGACUGGCCGAGAUGUGGUGUAUUUCACCUUUGGAGACAAAGAGUUAAUGCAUGAUGUCUAUAAAAUGUAUAGGCUCCUUUGUCAAAAGAAGAAAACAGUAGGUGAAGUUUACACAUUCCUGGUGAAUUAUAACUAUGAGGUGUGCAAGAAAACAUCUGCAACAAGGCCAGAGACAAAACUGUAUACCUUUAUACACAACUCUUUAUCCAAGUGAAGACAUUGUGUAUAUAAAAGCAAUUACUGCUUUGUACUUUUCCACAAUAAUUUGUUCAUUCUGCUGGUUGUAACAUAUGGACUAGCAUAUACGGUGUAUAUAACCAUACCUUUUAGUUCUAUUUGCUUUAUAUGCCACAAUCCCUUUUAGGGCUUUGUUUCUAUGGUUUUAUUUUUGAAAUGUAUUAUGCUUGACUGGAAUAUAUUUUCCAUUGAUUUGAUUUUUCUUAUAUUUCAGAGUACAUAAUUAUUUUAUUAGAUAUUCUCUACGAAUGCAUUGCUGUGCCAUGCCAACCUCUGAAUGUCUAUAGUACUCAUAUGAUUGUAGCUUUGACACUGCUUCAUCUGUUUUACAAUC